AUGUUUGCACACGAGAUGGACGUAUCGAAGCCGCCUCCUCCAAUUGAUGAUUCAUUUCCACAUCCCUCACUGUUGGAGCAGCUUCGUGUAUCCGACGCGCAAAGAGUACAACAAUUUUUAUCUACUUCAAAACACGAAACUAACCAAAAAGAUGACCUAAUCCUUCGCUCAACGGUCCCCGUCGAUAUUUCUACUUACGGCGUAGAACUUUGCAAAGCACUUAAAGUGUUGGAAAACCUAAAACAUUCAAAAUUGGUUCUGGAUGAGCUGGUACAGCAAGAUAAAAUUGAUACGAAAUGGACAGAAGAGCUAGACCGUGCAGAACAGUUGAAAGGCAUUCUACAGGACAUUCUAGAACCGCUGGAAAAUGUUGAGCGCAAGCAAUUCUUACACCAGAAGCUUACCGCACGCCGCAAGAAACGAGCAUGGCUAAAACGUCGCCAUAAACGUCUUCAAUCGGAACGCACCGCUGAACAAAAGGUCCGUAUCGAACGGUUACAGGAAAUAGCCUCCUGGGAAUCAGAAUGGAAGGAUCGACUAAACCGGGAACGAAUUGCCCGCGAAGAACUACAAAAGAAGACACUCAUACUAACAGACGUUCGCCAGCGAAAGGCUAGAGCUAAACGAAUGCUAACUAGAUUCGAAAAAUCACUACACCUGUGCCAGCAAAGGCAGAAUCAAGCAGUUGACACACAAUCGAAGGAACAAUUCGUCUCCCGAAUGAAUGCGCUCAUAGCAGAAUGGAAAGGCAAAGUAGGCGAGUGUGUUAAAGAGGAGAAGCGAUUACAGGACGAACUAAACCGUCAAUCCAUCGGCAACGUUAGUCGUCGGCGUGAAAAUCGUUGGCGCAAGGUGCUGUUCGGUACGGCUGCUGCGAUAGGUGGAAUAUUUGGCCAUCAAUCGAAAGACUGGUGGCAGGAGCUUAUAGUCGUACGUCGAGCGUGGGAUAAGUAUUCCUUGCCAGCUUAUCCGGAUCAACAGCUCGAGCAGGGGAGAAUGGUGAAUACGUGGAUUGUACCGCCGGAACAACCGUUACCGGAAUGGGAAGUGUAUCGAGAGACAAAUAAGAUCGAACAAUGA